UUUGUAAAUAGUGAUAAAAAUUUCUGAAUUUGAAUGAAAUUUUCAAAAAUUUUGUAAAAAUUCUGUUUCCAACUCCUAUAGAGUCUAAAUUCUGACGUGUAGUUUUGAUGCGGUCUGAGUUUUCGAAAUAGCGUUACAGAAUGUCAGCCCCACAAGUAAAUGGAGUUCCAGAAAGCAAUGAGAUUGACGGAAAUGACGCCUCGUCCAAGAAAAAAUUCAACCACGCAGCUCGAGAUUUGGAAAAGGUUACCGAUUAUGCCGAAGAAAAAGAAGUCAUUUCUGCCGAACAGUUCCAAGGUGCCAUGUCCAUAAUCGAUGACCGCCGAAACAAGGAAGCAGCUGAAAAAAGAGCCAAAGAAAACGAACUGUUGAAAGUAUCAAUCAAAAAAGAAGACGUCGAUUUAAUCGUGAAAGAAAUGGAGAUUACGAGAUCAGUGGCUGAGAGAACCUUGAGAGUUCAUAAUGGAAAUGUUGUCAACGCUCUUAUAGCAUUAACUAAUUAAGUAUAAGUACAUCUCAAAUGAACUGUGAUUGUGGAGUUAUUCAGGCUUUAAGAUUUGUAAUUUAUAUGUAUAAAAUAUAAUCAUAACUGGGUAGUUGUA